AUGGCAACUCAAAUGUUGUUUUCAAUACAAGUCUCUCAUUCCAACAAGAUGGAUGUGUGUGUAAAAGAUUGUGUCACAAAUCAGUGCAUGAAAGCAUCAAAAAAAGCGACUCCAGCAAUAUGUGACAACCCUUGCAAGAUUAUUUGCAAUCCAUUGAAUAAUGAGCAAUACAUCGUUCGCCAACGACGUUAUAAUGAUCCUGUAAAAAGGUUCUGCAGAGCAUUUAGUUGGGUAUGUCGGUAA